AUGUCUUCUGCAGAGAAUUACUGGGGUACGCUGAUCAAUCCCGACAAAAGCCCAGCCCCGCUACUGGAGCAUCUGUGUCUGGGAAUCGCGCAGUUGCUGCCUACAUUUGAUACCAACGGCACCACCGAUAUCACCCCCGAGCGACUGGCGAGCUUCUAUCGUAAAGUCGGGGGUAACUACGACCCUCUAUUCCUCGAGACCAAGUCGCAGGCCUUGUCUUUUAUCUACCAGUCAUUAGGAUGCUUUCACAGUCUCCAGCCAUCCUCAAACCCCUACGAACCACCUUCAGUCCCGUCCUUACUCCCAAAUGGCUUUGUGCGAUGGCAGACAAUCCAACUGUUGAUGGACCCGGAUGAACAUUCACAGUACUUGCAGAAUGCUGUUAGUCUGUGGGAUAUUACAGAUGCGGAGGGUCGAAUAUUUCCCAAAGACAUCCCUAGGGACGCGUUUCCCUCUGAACCAGACCCCGAAAUGUUGCAGUGGCAUGAAGGCGUGAGUCGGCGACUAGAGCAUGAUUACUUGAAAAGACACUCCAAGCGCGCAUCACCCCCAGACUUUGCAACAUAUCACUAUCAUUUCAGUGGCAAGGACCCUCUGCCCGAUGAGGAUGACUAUUUCCGCACUUCAAGACGCAGUGGAUCAAAACGUCAGAGUCAUGUGGACCCCGAACGCGCUGGACAUCGUCAUCGACGGCCCAGUCCGAGUGCAGAGUACCCUGCAUUUAUGGGACACAGACCAGGCGUUAGAUCGGGCUACUCAACUCCGCGAGUUUCAUCUCCACCUCCAUGGCCUGAGCGUCCGCCCCGCUCAAGGGGUCGAGACCAUGCCACUUUCCAAAGUCACCCACUUAGCCCCGGAACUGGCGAGAUGCCGGAUGUUUCAGAUAUAUCGUCUGAUGAGACCCACCGCAAGUCCGAGGAGCGUGCAUCAAAGCACCGUCAUCGUGAGCGACGCAACCUCUCACCUCCUUCCAGCAGUAGUGCCAGGCGACACUCUCACGAAGCAUACACACGCAGACCAAUGCGAGAUCUCUCCCCAUCAGCACCUCGGGGACAGCGCCGGAGUCACGAAAGUCACUCUUCAAGAUCAAGCCGGUCCAGCCGAUCCCAUCCUGAAUCAUCGCCCAGAGUGCACACGAAAGACCGCUCUCGCUCAAGAGCAGGAGCAGGUGUGAAAUUCCGCGAGUUCAUUUUCGGCGAUUCCGUCCCAGCACCAGCAGCACCAGACCCACCACUAUACAGAGCACCCACACCACCCCCACCCCGAGCAGUCCCACGCCAUUUAGAUCCCUACGCCGCAGAAGAAAUGAGACGAGGAAGCUACAGCGGCGGAAGCACAGGCGGCAGCCGACCAGGCAGCGGAGGAAGCAGUUCCGAAAGACCAAGAUCAUACAGCAGUGCAGGUUUCCACCGUGGCCCAGGCUGGGCUAGUCCAAGAAGCGCAGCUGCAAAGCGAUACACCCCAGAAACAGUUCAUGAAGAUCCGGGAUAUAUCCCUUCGCGCAGAGUCCCGAUUUACGAAUGA